CAUUCUCGUGUCGCUUCCGGGUGGCCACACAAGACUCAACCAGCGAGCCGUCGUUAUCCUGACGCUGUAAACAAAAGUUACUAAACGGUUAAACUUCCACAACACGCUAAACGAAAAGACAUGCAUAUCAAAACAGGUACAUGGGAAGCCAGCAACACCGUGUGUGAGUCCGAUACCCUGUGUGAUCCAGCAGUCCUCGUUGCAGCCACCAACUCCGAGCCUCAUAUUCGCAACCGCCGCCUGUCUCCCGGCUCAGGAAACUGUGGAGGUGGUGGAGGCGGAGGCUGCAUCUCUGGGGGUGACCAACAGCCCCGGCAGAUUUCACCCGAAGGCGUCCUGAUCGGACCCACCCACGCGCACACCUUCAGCUUCCGCAGGGAAAAGGAGCGCAAGGGCCAGCAACACAAAGGCCGCAGCCUCCGCAGGGAAGGUCAGAAGGGGGUCAGCCGAGUAAGCGAGCGGCCACAAAAGGUUAACCAGAAGGAGAGGUGGGUGGAGGACAGUCUGUCGCUGCUCAAGCCCCCACCUGCCUUCCCAGUGCAGGACAGCCCCGCCAAGCUGCAGCCUGCCGUCAGCUACGCGUCCAAGGUGAAGGCGGGAGCGGCCAGUGGGGGGCUGGAGGAGGACCGCCCUGCCAUCGGCGUGCUGCUACAGAACCAGUGGGGUCUCAGUUUUAUCAGCGAAGCCUCCGGUCCUCGACCCGCUGCCAACGCUUUCCCUCCUCAGCCCACAGACGCCGCACAGUCAGCAGACCUACAGUUCGAGACAGUUCUCACAGUCCAGCCUCCGGAGGACACGCCUGUUCCAGUCGCUACCUCUGCCCCCCCCACCACGCACCCAGAGGUGGACGCAAGCAACGGGAAGCUGCUGCUUAGUUGUCGCCAUCUAAUGGAGGCUUUGAACUAUCACAGUAGAGAAUGGAACGCUAUGUGCAACAAACAGAAAAAAGUUCCAAAAAAGGUGGUCUGGUACAAGGAGACCCAGGAGCACCCAGCCUAGCAGUGUGAGACACCCAAAGUAUAUACAGACACGUAUACAACACACACCUACAUGCACAUUUAAACACAUAAAGAUGGACAAAUGUAUGAGUCCCGUUCACACACACUGCACUCAGGAUGAUGUCUUCACGCAAAGCCACACUGAGACACUUUGGACUAACUCCUUUGAGAUCUUACAGCAAUGGACUUUUUUAACGCCUUACAGAAAGCCUGCCUUAAUUAAUCAGACCUGUUUUCAUCGCCUCAUUACCUUUUUAGCUUGUAUGUGUAGAGCUGGUCAUUUGUUUUAAACAAUCUACGCUGAGCUGUAAUUUAAUUUUUCCCCCUUUUGGAAGCUGCAGUCAGUUUUAUCGCUGUUUUUUUGUCUUCUGUAAAGCGAGUGGUCAAUCAAGCACUUUGUUAAAAAAAAAUCUGUUGUGACCAAUCCGUGUGCGAGAAACCCUCACCAGAGCGAAUUUUUUCUUCUUUUCCCCCCUCCUUCAAUUAGAAACAGAAGAAUGUCUUGUACCUGCUAGAGUUUUAUGGUUAAUGUAUGCAGAGGACUUGUGUAUCCCGUGUCUUCAGUUUACAGAAGGGUGUAGUCAAAGGCACAGUAGAGUUCACCCUUUACCCACCAGAUCUUAAUGCUGUGUCCCUUUUUGUUUUUAUUUGGUUCCCCAAUCGGGUGAAUGUUACUCAUAAAUCCAUAAGGGAUCUUAUACCAUGUUCAGUAUGUUGAUUUUUGAAAAGAAAAUUUAUUGAAUAAAAAAAAUUUACACUGGAGAAAGGAGGAAUGUAAGUGAACAGUAUUGCUUAAUAAAAAUGAAUAAACUUGAAA